AUGAUGAAUUUCAAGCCUUUUGAUCACUAAGAAGGAUCUGUAUCUCAACUGUAACAAUGCCUCCAAAAACGGUGAGGAGGGGAGGGGCCGCAGCUGGCUCCAAGAAGACGCCCAGAGCUAAACUGACUCCGAAGUCCCAAAAUCAACCCGAAGUUACCGAAGAAACGACCAAGGUCGAAGAGGUUCAGGUCUCUAUCAUUGAAAUUAAAGAAGAUGAGAAAGUGGAGACUGUCGAGGUUAACCAGGAGAAUGAACCUGAAGCUCAAUCGAUACCCGAAGACAACGGGUCUAUCUCUGUUAAAGAGGAAGUUGGUGUUAAGGAGUCUUUUGAGGAAGACGACAAAGGUGAACGAUUAGAGCUUGAUGAUAAUGAACCUGAAUAUGAGCCUGAAGAAGACGGUGGGGUGGAUUAUGAUGAGAAGGAAGUUGAACAUGAGGAUGUUCAGGAGGGAGAGGAUGAAGAAGUGGAAGAGUCUGAGGGUGAUGUAGGUGAAGAAGAAGAGGGCGACAUGGUUGAGGAGGAAAUGGAAGAUGGUGCGGAAGAAAUUGAAGGUGAAGAGGACAAUGAGAAUGUUGAGGAAGAACAUGAAGAGAUCUUUGAUGAAGAGGAAGAGGAGCAUCAUGAAGUUGUUAAGGAAAGGCGCAAAAGAAAGGAGUUCGAAAUAUUUGUUGGGGGCUUGGACAAGGAUGCAACCGAGGAUGAUCUUAGGAAAGUCUUCAGUGAGGUUGGUGAAGUUACUGAAGUUAGGCUGAUGAUGAACUCUCUGACAAAGAAGAACAAGGGCUUUGCAUUCUUACGGUUUGCUACUGUUGAACAAGCAAAACGUGCAGUUACAGAACUUAAGAACCCAGUGGUCCAUGGGAAACAGUGUGGUGUUACUCCAAGUCAAGACAGUGACACCCUUUUCUUGGGUAACAUAUGCAAGACAUGGACGAAGGAAGCUUUGAAAGAGAAGUUGAAAAAUUAUGGAGUUGAGAAUAUUGAUGAUCUGACAUUGGUCGAAGACAGUAACAAUGAGGGAAUGAAUCGUGGAUUUGCUUUUCUAGAGUUUUCUUCUCGUUCAGAUGCCAUGGAUGCUUACAAGCGUCUUCAAAAGAGGGAUGUUGUCUUUGGAGUUGAUAGGCCCGCAAGGGUUUCCUUUGCAGAUUCUUCUACGGAGCCAGAUGAUGAGAUAAUGUCACAGGUUAAAACAGUAUUUGUGGACGGCAUCCCUGCUUCAUGGGAUGAAGACCGUGUCAAGGAGCAUCUAAAGAAGUUUGGUGUGAUUGAGAAGGUUGAGCUUGCCCGUAACAUGACAUCAGCCAGGAGAAAAGAUUUUGGUUUUGUCACGUUUGACACCCAUGAUGCUGCGGUGGCAUGUGCUGAAGGGAUUAACAAUGCAGACUUGGGCGAGGGUGAUAGUAAGGUCAAAAUUAGGGCUAGACUGUCACGGCCGCAUCGUAGAGGAAAAGGAAAGCAUGUUGUUCGUGGCGAUUACCGGCCUGUAAGAGGCAUCUCACGAACUGCAAGGAGUCCCUGGGCUCGUCCUGCUCCUAGAAGCUUUGCUGGACGAGGUCCUAGAGGAAUUGGUGGACGUGUGGCUCCAACUGCUGCUCGUGGAAUCAAGAGGCCAUUGGGAUUUAGAGAUCGGCGCCCUGUAAUGUCCAUGCCGGAGAGAGUUAGACCCUUGCCUCCCCCAGCGAGGUCUUAUGUCAGGAGAGCUCCUGUUUCUUCAUAUCCAAAGAGUAGUUCUAAGAGGGAUUAUGGUAGGCGUGAGGAGCUUCCUCCAAGAAGCAGAGCUGCUGCAGAUUAUGGUUCCCGAGUUGCUGCUGAGAGGCGUUCAUCCUACAGGGACGAGUAUGCUUCCCAUGGAUCUGGCUAUGCCGAUGAUAUGCCACGGGGUUCUUCUCGUACUGCAGCAAGGAGGGCCUAUGUGGAUGAAAGUUAUGGUAGAAGAUUUGAAAGGCCUCCUCCAAGUUAUCGUGAAGGGCGUGCCCGUGAUUAUGACUCAAUCUCUGGGUCUAAACGCCCAUACUCUGCAUUGGACGAUGUUCCUCCACGUUAUGCUGAACCUAGUGUUCGUCAGUCAAGAGCCCGUUUGGAUUAUGGAGUUGGCAGCAGUGCUGCCCAGUAUGGGGAUGCUUACAGUGAAAGGCUUGGGAGAUCUCACUUAGGAUAUGCAAGCAGCAGGAGUUCUCUAUCUGGUCAGGAAUCACAUGGACUUUAUGGCACUCGUCAGAGUGUGGGUUAUGGUGGAGGUUCUUAUGGUGGUAGUGAUGUUGGCGGAGUGUAUUCAUCAAGCUUUGGCAGUGAUUACAUGUCACGUGGACCUGAUGUUGGUGGUAGCUCAUAUUCAUCCCUGUAUUCGAGCCGUGGCCUGGGUGGUAGUGGUUACCUGGGCAGUGGUGGUUCUGGAUCGUACUAUUGAGAUUUAAGAUGACAAGAGCCUGCUUUAGGCUGUGAGUUAUUUGAAGCCUAUGCAUAAUGAUGCCUACAGUCUUUGGAAAGAAAGCAAAUUACAAGUGUGUACGGCCUGUCUUUUAGUCUGAGGUGAAUGGAUUAUGAGUUUUAGCAAUCAAUGCAAGAGCUGUACAGCCUUGAGCAACCGUGGACUUCAGUUGGUGUGCUCAUUUUAGGCAUACUUUAUGCUUCAAGGACAUUCAAGUUAUUUGGAGUUAAAAUUUAGAAAGACCUGGUUUGUGGUAUGUAUGAAAUGAAUAUUUAAUUCUCCCAUAAGAACACCUGAGGGACAGAGAGGUUGUAUGCUGCUUUAUAAGUUUCAUUGGGAAAAAUAUUUGGUAUACAUAUAAAGCUUGAGGCGAAGCUGAUUUGGUUGUCAGCCUUUUGGAU